AUGUAGGAAUGUCCUGAAUCAACCUUUGAAGAGAAUAUUUUCGAAAAUUGGGUUACUCUGAGAACUGAUAAAAGUAAGUAAUUUUAUAUAUCUUAUAUAUUUAAGAAUGGCAGCAAAAUACCAGUCAAAUAUGAGGAAAGACUAGAAUAUAUUAAUAAAUUGAUAGAAGUCAAAUGUACUGAAAGUGAAUUACAAUGUGAAAGUCUGAUCAAAGGAUUAAUCAAAAUAAUUCCUUCACCUUUAUUGAAUUGGGUAUCAGCGGAAGAUUUAGAAUUAUGGGUUUGUGGACGACCUAUUGUAGAUGUGGAUCUCCUUAAGAGACACACAAGAUAUUCUGGAGACUUAAAUGAAAACAGUGAUAGAAUUAAAUUCUUUUGGGAGGCACUCUAUGAACUAUCAGAAUAAGAGAAGCUUAGAUUCAUUAAAUUCUGUUGGGGAUAAGAAAGAUUACCUGCCAAUGAUGAAGAAUUCGAUCGAAAUUAAAUUAGAUUUAUGAUUAAACCUUCUACUGUUAAUACUAAAUAGCCUAAUAAAGCUCUGCCAAAAGCAGAUACUUGUUUCUUUAAUUUAGAAUUACCCAAUUAUUCUAGCAAAGAUAUCUUGAAGAAGUAAUUACUAACAGCCAUUAAUUUGGAUUGCGAUAGCAUGAAUGCUGAUCCUCGAGUAAAUCUAGAUCCAAAUGCUCGACAUAGACGUAAUAGGGACGACGACGAAGAUGAUAGCUUGUUUGAGGAAGGUGAAUGGUGA